CGUUUGAACGCCGCCGUCCCGCCCGCGCGCUUCCCCGAUGGCGCCCAGCAGGAAGAGGCCGCCGGCCCGGAGCGCGCCCAAGCCCUCGGCCCGGGGCAGGCGGGUGGACGCCUUCCUGAAGGACUUCGACCGGGAGGUCCGGGCGCGGCUGGAGCAGGUGCGGGCGACGCGCGAGAGCCUGCAGAAGGAGGUGGGCAACCUGUACAACCUGGAGGUGCUGCGGCUGCCGGUGGCCCUGCGCGAGAUGAACUGGAUCGGCUUCCUGGCCCUGGGAAGCAGCGACAAGGCCCUGGAGAAGGUCGCCUCGGCCGAGCUGGACAUCGCGGAAAUCACCCAGCUGGCCUCCAAGGCCAUCCAGACCCCCCUCCGGACCGCCAGGAAAGCCAAGAAGGUCAAGCAGGCCAUCGAGACCAUCGAGGAAGAGACGGGGACCCCGCUCCUUCCAGCGGGCAAGAGGUCCAGGCAGGAGAAGGAGCCUGCGGGAGCCCGGGAGGAUCCGGAGACGCAGUGCCAGAGGCUGGGGAAGGCGCAGGCCUCAACCAAAAGGGCCCCAAUUUCCAAGAGGAGCUGCCCCCCUUCAUCCAGGUCUACGCAUUUCCAUAAAAGCAGGUCCAGCAAAGUGAACCUCAUCACUCCAGUUAGCUGUGGGGCCCCUGCGAAAGCUGCCAGUCCUGCGCCCACGCCCACUGCCAAAUUUGACUCCAGCGUUUUCAAGACGCCUGGCCUGCGGGCCCCUGCCACCCAUGAGCGGGUCUUCAGCGUCUCCGUGAAUGGCAGCCCCCUGGCAGACAGCAGCGAAGUCUUCCUCACACUGCCUGUUGGCGGAGGAGAGAGCAUCCGGGUCAGGGCCAGCGAGCUCUCGAAGAAGGACCUGAUGGGUCUGAAUGCCCAGACGCUGGGGAGCGUGAAGAAGUUGUCGAGUCAACUUGCGUACCUCUGUAGCAGUGUGCGGAGCCAUAAGUAGAGGCACCCUUCGACUGGCUGGCCCUCAGUUCAGUCCUGGCCCGGCGCAAGGACGCCCUCAAAGGCUGCAGGUGGCAGGAGCCGGACCUUUCAGGGUCUCCAAUGAGUUUGGUUUCUUGCAGAACUUCUACGGUGCUUCUUCAAGAUCUGUGGGGAGGCCUGCGGAUUCUCGUUUUAAUUUUCCCUG